GGACAGUAGAUCUCCAGGAAAAGGGUUGGGAACCACUGCCCUACAGGCUCAGAAAAUGGUGCAUAUGGACCUGACCUGUUUUUGAUUCCAUGACCAAUGGUGCAGCUAUGUUUUCUUCGACAGAUGGUAGCAAUGGUCCGAACCAAGCCGCACCUUUCCCAGUUGUCCCACCUUCAGGGAUGCCACCGCCCUUUAUGGGACCGCCAGGAAUGCCGCCUCAUUUCCCGCCCAUGGGAAUGCCGCCGAUGGGACAGAGGCCUCCGAACAUGGCCCCCAUGCCCCCGGCCAUGAUCCCACCCAUGAUGCCCCCGAUGGGAGGGCCUCCCAUGGGACAGAUGCCGGGUAUGAUGCCGCCCAUGAUGCCAGGGAUGAUGAUGCCGCCGCGCAUGCCAGCCGGGCCCAUGCAGCCGACGGGACCGCCUGGUGUAAGCCCAGUGGACACUGCUGCCACAGCCCCCCCUGGAACAAUGCUCAGUACACCUUCGAGCAGCUCCCCUCAAGAUGACCAGCCAAAGAAGAAGUCGGUGUGGACGGAGCACAAGUCUUUGGAAGGGAAGACGUACUACUACAACACAGAGACCAAACAGUCCACCUGGGAGAAGCCAGAUGAGCUGAAAUCUCCUGCAGAGCAACUGUUGUCAAAAUGUCCAUGGAAGGAAUACAAGUCGGACACAGGAAAGCCGUACUACUACAACUCUCAGACCAAGGAGUCCCGCUGGACCAAACCCAAAGAGCUGGAGGAUCUAGAAGCUAUGAUAAAAGCAGAAGAGUCUGGAACACCCGACGCUGCUGCUGCUGCUGCUGCUGCUGCCGCCGCCGCCGCCGCCAGCGCGGUCGCCACGGUAACCGCCGUGCCCGUGGCGCAGCCAGAGGCUGUCGUCGCCAUAGCAACGCCGUCGGAAACGGAGACCGCCGCCCCCGCCGUGGUGGAGGAGCAGCUGACCCCGGCACCCGUUCAGGUGCCCGAGGUCACCGCGGAUACGCCCGUCAACUCCACGGAGGACCCGCCCGGCAUAGAGACCCCCGCCGGGGACGCCCCUAAGAAGGAGGAGCGUCCGGAGCUGGUGAAGAAGGUGUACAAGUGGAACACCAAGGAGGAGGCCAAGCAGGCUUUCAAAGAGCUGCUGAAGGAAAAGGGUGUGUCAUCCAAUGCCUCCUGGGAGCAGGCCAUGAAGAUGAUCAUCAAUGACCCACGCUACAGCGCACUACCUAAACUGAGCGAGAAGAAGCAGGCGUUCAACGCGUACAAGGUCCAGACUGAGAAGGAGGAGAAGGAGGAGGCCAGGAUUAAGUACAAGGAGUCCAAAGAGACCUACCAGCGCUUCCUGGAGAACCAUGACAAGAUGACCUCCACUACCAGAUACAAGAAAGCCGAGCAGAUGUUCGGGGAGCUGGAAGUGUGGAGCAUCGUUCCUGAACGGGACCGCCUGGAGAUCUACGAGGAUGUCUUAUUUUACCUGGCCAAGAAGGAGAAGGAACAAGCCAAGCAGCUGAGGAAGAGGAACUGGGAAGCUCUGAAGAACAUUCUGGAUAACAUGGCCAACGUGACGUACCGCACCACCUGGUCUGAGGCCCAGCAGUACCUGCUGGACAACCCCACCUUCGCCGAGGACGAGGAGCUGCAGAAUAUGGACAAGGAGGACGCGCUGAUCUGUUUCGAGGAGCACAUCCGCACCCUGGAGAAGGAGGAGGAGGACGAGAAGCAGAAGUCUCUCCUGCGGGAGCGCCGCAGACAUCGCAAGAACAGGGAGGCCUUCCAGAAAUUCCUGGACGAGCUCCACGACCACGGCCAGCUCCACUCCAUGUCUGCCUGGAUGGAGAUGUACCCCACCAUCAGCUCCGACAUCCGCUUCGCCAACAUGCUGGGCCAGGCCGUUUACAUCGAAUCUUGUGUAGGCUCCACCCCUCUGGACCUGUUUAAGUUCUACGUGGAGGACCUAAAGGCACGCUACCACGACGAGAAGAGGAUCAUCAAGGACAUCCUGAAGGACAAAGGCCUCACUGUGGAGGUCAACACAGCCUUCGAGGAGUUCGGCACCGCCAUCAGCUCCGAUAAGAGAGCCACCACGCUGGACGCCGGCAACAUCAAACUGGCCUUCAACAGCUUACUGGAGAAAGCAGAGGCUCGCGAAAGAGAGCGAGAAAAGGAGGAGGCCAGGAAGAUGAAGAGGAAAGAGGCGGCCUUCAAGAGCAUGCUGAAGCAGGCCACCCCACCCCUGGAACCCGAGUCUACCUGGGAGGGGGUGCGGGAGAGAUUCCUGAAGGAAUCUGCCUUUGAGGACGUCACUCUGGAGUCGGAAAGGAAGAGGAUCUUCAAGGACUUCAUUCAUGUUUUGGAGCACGAGUGCCAACAUCAUCAUUCUAAGAACAAGAAGCAUUCAAAGAAAUCCAAGAAACAUCACAGAAAGAGAUCCCGGUCUCGUUCGGGCUCCGAGUCUGAAGACGACGACUACCAUUCAAAGAAGAAGAAACGGACGCCAUCUAAGUCCCCGUCAGAGCGGUCCUCCAGUGGAGAAUCUGAGAGAAGUUACAAGAAAUCAAAGAAGCACAAGAAGAAGGCCAAGAAGAGGCGUCACAAGUCUGCCUCCCCCGAAUCGGACGGCGAACGGGACAAGAAAGGCCGUGACCGCGAGCGUGACCGCGAGCGAGAGAAAGAGAAGGAGCGCGAGAAGGAGAAGGAGAACGACCGGUCCAGAGGAAAACCUCGCUCCGACUCCAAGCAGAAGUCUCCCAAGAGGAAGUCUGGGAAGGAGGAGGACGGCUGGGACACGUCGGGCAGUGAGCUGAGCGAGGGGGAGCUGGAGAAGAGGAGGAGGACUCUGCUGGAGCAGCUGGACGCCCCCUGAGCCGCCCCCCCCCGUCCCCCUGCCCCCCCCCCCCACUCACACAUCCAUUCCCUCCAUUCCGCCCGCGCCCCUCAAAGCAGCUACACCGGUCCACAAAGCGCUCGCCCCUUCUGCCGACGCCAUCCCCGAACAGGAACGCGGAUUCAAAACCGUACAACACAGGAAGCCUUCGCAUGCUAAGUAGUGGCUGCUUUUUAAUGUCACAGAGUCCAGAUGAACGUUAUUUUUGUUAUUCCCUUUUUGUAUGAAAAAAAAAAAAAAGAAGCUAAAUAAAAUUCCCGGGCGACACAUUUUUACGUAGUGCGCGUCGGUUUCCGUUAGCGGAGAUUUAAGUGGCUGCGCAUGUGCGUGGGGCACGCUGGCCUUCUCUGAAAGCUGCACUGUUUCACCAGCGUCUUCACAAACCAGGCCAGUGUCUGAGCCACAACACUGUGCGACCGAGUGCUCUGAUCUUCAGCUCCAAUAAAGAACAGCUGCUUUCGUUUUUCCACUCCCAAUUCAUUCUAAAGCCAAUGGCCUUUGUUGUAUUGAUGGUCUUUACGCAUUGUAACAAAUGUUUGAAACGAACUCUGGUUGUCUCAAUGAUUCUGAUUCCGACAGAACGGCACUAAAGUCCAGGGGUUGUGAUUUAAGAUUGCUUUUUUAAAUGGUUGUAUCCUUUGGACAUGGUUCCAACAUAAUUAAAAUCUGAGGAGGUACAUGUAGCUAUUUUUAUUUUGUAGAUUUUGUUUGCCCCUUUUUGGAGAACUUGUGCAUGUUUAAUGUACAGUUGUGUAGCUGCAGUCUGUUCAAAUAAAGAAUUUUGACUUCCUGUCAUACACUGAAAAAUGGCACCUAGGUUCUGGGUGGAUGUUUCUUGAUGUAAAUUUAAAAGCAACAUUGUGGAUAAUAAACUCCAAAAUACCCGUCUCCA